AUGGCCACCUGGCGCCGGGACGGCCGGCUAACCGCCAUGCAGCGGCUGGGUUGCGCCGGGCUGGCGGGAACGCUGAGCCUCAGCCUGACGGCGCCGCUGGAGCUGCUGACGGUGCUGGCGCAGGUGGGCACCUGGCAUAGCCGGAGGGGGCUGCGCGACGCCGGGCACUGCUUGUGCCGCACCGAGGGCGUGCGGGCCCUCUGGAAGGGGAACCUCACCGCCUGCCUGCGCCUCUUCCCCUACAGCGCGCUGCAGAUCGCCGCAUCCCGCCGACUUGUUAUACUUUUCACGGAUGAAUUGGGUCAUAUUUCCCACUGGAGGGCCAUCAUGGCAGGAAGUCUGGCUGGCAUGGUUGCAACCAUCGUGACUUACCCCACUGAUGUAAUUAAAACACGUCUCAUUGUGCAGAACCGACUGGAACCAUCUUAUGAAGGAAUUCUUCAUGCUUUUUACAAAAUUUACCAUCAAGAAGGAUUCCUUGCACUCUACCGUGGUGUUUCACCAGCUAUAUUAGGCGCUGUCCCGUUCUCUGCGGGCUCAUUCUUUGUUUACAUCAAUCUGGACAAAAUCUGGAGAGAACCCAUAGUUCAUUUCACUCCUCUUCAGAACUUCAUAAAUGGCUGUGUAGCAGCUGCUCUGGCACAGACACUUUCUUUCCCCUUUGAGACUGUCAAGAGGAAGAUGCAGGCCCAGAGUCCUUGGCUUCCCCAUUAUGGAGGAGUUGAUGUCCAUUUUACUGGCAUGAAUGACUGCUUCCGGCAAACUGUGAAGUACAAAGGUGUGCUUGGACUUUGGAAUGGACUCACAGCCAGCCUGCUCAAGAUUGUCCCGUACUUUGGCGUUAUGUUUAGCACCUUUGAAUUCUGCAAGCGGGUCUGUCUGUACAGAAACGGUUAUAUCGAAUCUCCUUUAAAUUACAAACUAACUCCUGGGGUGGACCAGAGUUUACAGCCACAGGAACUGCGAGAAUUAAAACUCCUCCGAAGGGAAAAUUUUGAGCCAAGGAAAUCAGCUCUUGAAAACUGACAUCAGUGUCCACUGUCCAUGCACACGACCUUUCUUAAGGACCUUUGCAAGAAAGGCAUGCUGAACUACAGGUACCAGUGUUUAGGCAGCUUGUUUGGGUUUGCUGCUGAGACGCCAGUGUCAGGAAUGAAUAAAUCUUGUAUCUCAUUUGGUGGAUGGAUAUAAACAAUAUGAACAGCAAGCAUAUGCUGAAGAGGAAAUAUACAACUAGUUUGAAAACACUGUGGUAUUGGAAUGUGAAAUUACAUUUUUCUAGGUGCUUUUCCAUACUGAAUAGCCGCUUUGAGAAAACUACCUUGAGAAAGGCAAGAGAACUGAGUUGAA